GGGCCCUCCCCGAGUGUCAGCGCCCUGGUCUUGGCAACUGGGACUAGACGGGGCUUUUUGGGGGUGUUCAUUUGUCUGGUUCUCAAGCGCUACACUCUCUCACGGGAGGCUCGGCGAGAUGAGCACCAUGUUCGCCGACACGCUGCUCAUCGUCUUCAUCUCGGUGUGCACGGCGCUGCUCGCUGAGGGCAUAACCUGGGUCCUGGUCUACAGGACAGACAAGUACAAAAGGCUGAAGGCAGAAGUGGAGAAGCAGAGUAAAAAACUGGAGAAGAAGAAGGAAACCAUAACGGAAUCAGCUGGUCGGCAACAGAAGAAGAAACUUGAGAGGCAAGAGGAAAAGCUGAAGAACAAUAACCGGGACCUCUCAAUGGUCCGGAUGAAAUCCAUGUUUGCCAUUGGAUUCUGCUUUACUGCCUUGAUGGGCAUGUUCAAUUCCAUUUUUGAUGGUAGGGUGGUGGCUAAGCUCCCUUUCACCCCCCUUUCCUACAUCCAAGGCCUUUCCCAUCGGAACCUUUUGGGAGAUGACACCACAGACUGCUCCUUCAUCUUCCUCUACAUCCUCUGCACCAUGUCCAUUCGCCAGAACAUCCAGAAGAUCCUUGGCCUGGCCCCCUCGAGAGCUGCAACCAAGCAGGCAGGUGGAUUCCUUGGACCCCCACCCCCUUCUGGAAAGUUCUCUUGAACUCAGGAAGAGCCUUCGGCCAAUGUCAUUUCUCCAGGGGUGACCUCCAUUCUCCACCCAGUGCCCGGUUCAGUUCCUUCCAGGCCUUUCCAAUCGGAACACUGAGAAUGACGCCCAUAUAUCUAGUGCUUUGGUUACAGCCUCUGCAGCCUUUACAGUCUCAACAAACAGGCCUGUCAUUCCCACCUUUUGUGGGUUGCUGAAGUUCUGUGGAGUGAGUCCCAUCUGUCUUCUCUUGCUUCCGUGGCAUUUUCUGAUUGUCCGAUCCUUCGGCUGCACUGUGGCCAGGGAAUCGGCUCUUGGGGAACAUGUAAGGAUCAGGAGGGAAAUUUUACUUUUAUGAUUGGAACUCUUAGGGUUGUGUGUUUUGGGUUUAUUUUUUAUUAUUAUUAAGCCAAAUGUGACCCAAGAUCAAUAAAAAAAGAAAGGCCAA